AUGGUCCUCUCAUUCGUCUCCUCCUCCUCUUCUUCCUCUUCUCGUCUGUCUACUUGUCUCUUUUCUUCUUCUUCUUCUUCUUCUUCUUCUUCUUCUUCUUCUCGUCUACCUCCUUCUUUCCUUCCUUCCUUCUUCUUUUCCUCCUCUAACAACUUCUUAAUUCUGGGAAUCAUCAUCCUUUCCUGUAAUUUCUUCUUCUUCAUUUUUCUUCUUCAUUUUCGUAACCUCCUUCUUUCCUUCCUUCCUUUACUUUGGAUCCGUGUCUUGGCUCUUAUUCUUAUUCUAUCAUCAAUUCUUUUCCUGCUCUUUCUUCAGGUAAAAAAUUUUUUUUCCUCCUUUUUUAAAAAAAUUUCUUUUUUCUUCUAUAAAAUUUUUUUUUUCUUCGGAGGAAUUCUUCUUCUUCUUCUUCUUUUUCUUCUCAAAAAUUUUGUACUUUUCCUUCCUUUUUUUGACCUCUCUUCGUUUCCCUUUUCUUUUUCCUCUUCUCGUUUGUCAACCAUCUCAAUUCUUCUUCUUCUUCUUUUUCUUCUUUUUCCUUUUAUUCCUUCUUUCCUUCCUUCCAAAAUAUUUUCCUCCUUUUUUUUUAAUUCUUGCAUCAUCAUCCUUUUUUCUUCUUUCUUCAGUUUAACAAUCUCUGAAAUUUCUUUCUUUUUCUCUUUCUCUUUUUUUUUCUUUUUCUCUUUCUUCUUUUCUUUCUUUUCUUCUUUUCAUUUCCUUUUCUUUUUAUUUUUUCUUUCUUUUUUUUAA